AUGUCGCCGUCUCAUGUUUCCACCCCAUGUCUGUCUGACCUCCCCGCAGAAUUGGUGUUCGGCAUCGCCCGCCUGGCGGAUCCGGUUGCUCUGGUCUCUCUCCACCAGACGAACAAGCGGUUCCGCGCCCUCAUCACCAUCGGCAAGCGGGAGCUGGUCGAGCGGCUCCUGCAGCUGGAGUUGACCAAAGAGCACGGCGGCGGCACGCUCACUCUCCGGGUCCGUGAGCAGAUCCUUGACCCACGCUUCUCCGAGGAGAAGUGGGCAGAAUUUCGCUGGGCCUGUUCGAGCUGCCUGCGCCUUCGCUCACACAUUCACUUCGACAACCGCUCCAUCCUGCGGCUCCAGAACCGCAAGCCCAUUGCUGGCUCGCCCGCCGCAGUGCCCAUCUCGACUUGGGAGCCAUCGCUUCGCGGCAAGCUAUGGGGCAGCAAGACGUGGAAGCCAAUCUCGUACGAGGAGCGCCUCGUCCGCCUUCGGUACCGCCUCGCCGUCUAUCCCUACGAGACAUACUAUCCACCCUUCAUCCACCGCUGGACCGUGGAGGAGCUGCGCGCAGUCGGCAUGCAGGGCUUUGAUCACGUCGACGACAACCAGUACCAACACAUGAACCAAAUCGUCAAGGACGCUAUACUUGACCGCAACCUUCUCGACAUCGAGCUCAUUACCUGCGGCUCGAAGCGCCACAAUCGCAUGUGCAACGAGUGCCGAUACCAAUCAGGGCAGCUCAGGGUGCAGCUGGGUGUCAAGCGCGGCACCCCGACAUUCCCAAUCAUGACCAGCAGAAAAGUGCAUUUCCCUUCUGCGUACAGUCGCUUCUUCCCCCGCCUGCCCGAGUUCUUGGGAAUGCCAGAGCCUGAUUUCUACCUCCCCAUCGGCGAGAUCAGUCAGAUUGGCAACGUUUUCGUCAUGGGCCCGGUGGGCCUCUACUCGCGACCCUGGACCAUGUACAUGGGGCGAUGCUCGGGCUGCGAGACCUGGCAGGAGGUGCGAUCCUUCCGCCUUGGAGGCUAUGAGGCUUGGUGGAACCCCAAGCUUGACGCCCACCUGUGGCAUGACGAACAUCUUGCCAUUGAGGACUUGCCCGAGAUCAUCUGCAACGGCUGUUACGCGCGCAAGUAUGGCAAAUUGGCCUUGGGAAGGCUGCUUGGCGAUUUCCUGGGCUGGGUCGUCUGCGAGAACGCCCGGCGAUACCUCGAGGCCCAGCUCUGUUGGGGAUGGUUCGCCCUCCAGAGAGUCGUGACCAAUUUCCCCGCAGAGUACCGGAAGCAAGUGAGGUCCAUCCUGAAGAACGUCUAUGGCAAAAUGAAGAGGGCGUGGGAGGGUGACGAUUUCUCGUACCUGGACAUCGCAACCCUCAAAAUGCACCACGGGGAGUUUGUCAAUGUGUGCAGGGACGGGCUGGCCACUUCGGGCAACCAGGCCGUCAGGGAGCUUUUCCACGAUUUCUGGUUCAACACCUGGUUUUACGCUUUUGAUUUGCUGGAGAUGGAGUGGUGCUGGAUGACUGAGUAUACUACAAAGGCACGCGAAUAUCCCGAAGCGUUGGCUGAAUGGGCUCUGGGUCGAGACCCGGCCGCCUUCGAGGGAUGCGAAUGA